GUGUAGAGCUCGUGACGAAAUAUCAAACGUGCUUCUCGUGUGUGACACAGAAAUUGACUCCAAAAAGCGGCACUAACCGAGUUGCGUACCUGUCAUGUGGUGAAUUCCAAACGUACAAACUGGCCACAUAGACGACCGACAAAACGAGGCACGAACUGAUUGCGGAAAUGCAUGGAAAAUUGGUAUUUCGGGUGUCCGUGGUCUCCAUAACUCCAUACUGACGUCGAUCUUGUGUCGCGCUCCAAUUCGGGGUGAAGCGGGGCACCGGGGCGAAGGGGCCCCGCCGCAGGGGCGGCUCAAUCGAAAAAAGUGAUUCAAUGAAUUAUUGAGAAGUGUGUGUGAUAAUCGACUCGAUUUUCAAGAAUUGGCAAGAAUCAAGAUGCGAAUGAAGGCCAUAUGAGGCCCUUUUCACAUUUUUUGAAAGCCUUGAUUUAUUCUCGUCUCGAGAGGUAAAUUUCAUCAGGCCCUGAAGACUCUACCUUCACCCCUGGACUCCUGACGGCAAGGCAAAUCGCAAAUCGGCAACAAAGAAAACCUAACCUAAAAAGCGACGCAGAAGCGAGCGAGAGAGCAGCGACUCCGCCAGACGCCGCUUGCACCCCGAUUGUCGCUGGUGUCGCCCUGCCCUACUCCGUCAAUGACAAGAUGGCCGCCAUGCUCGGUGGAAGUGUCGCCAUUGUUUAGUGUUUAGUUGUGUUUUACCCGUUUGUUCCGUUUUUCGCGCAACCCUGGGGGCCCACGACGCAAAAAUGCCGAGCGCCUCGUUCUCGGGGCGCGGAUAUGUCCGGCGGUCGCGAAGAAAAGGUGCAAACAGGAUUCCGCUUCCUUCGAGGACCACUUCUGCCGAGCCGUGCGAUUUGCCAUGUCCGGCAUCAAAUCAAAUCCCACCAGGAAGUGGUGGAGUGGGUGGUGGAAGCGGAGGUCGAGGAACAUCUCCGAGUGUGUCAGGCGUCGCGGCACCAUCGCCUUCCCCGUCGCACUCACACUCCUCGCCAUACGACCUCCGACGAAAAAGUCCCCCACAUCCGGACCCGGCACCCGGAACAAGUUCUGCAUUGCCGCCAGCAGGUGGCAGCAGUGUCGUUGCCACCUUUGGAUCGUCAUCACUUCCGGCGAGGAAACGACCCCGACGAACCUGCUCAUUAUCCACCGACGGUACAAACACAAAUACAGCGGCUCACUACCUCCAGUACGAGCUGCCGGACGAAGUCCUCCUGACAAUAUUCAACUAUCUGAUGGAGCAAGAUCUCUGUCGUGUUUCCCAGGUCUGCAAGCGGUUCCAGGCGAUCGCGAACGACACCGAGCUCUGGAAGUCCCUCUAUCAGCAGGUCUACGAAUACGAUCUGCCGCUCUUCAAUCCCUCGGCCUGCAAAUUCGAGUUUAUCUCGCCCGACGACUCGGACUAUCCGAAUCCGUGGAAGGAGAGCUUUCGCCAGCUGUAUCGGGGCGUGCAUGUCAGGCCCGGGUUUCAGGAGCAGAAACUGAAGGGGCGCAAUUUGCCCUACUUCAAUACGAUCCAGGGCGCGAUCGAGUACGCGGACGAGUAUCGAACCAGCGCCAGUGCCAUAACUGCCGCAUCGCCGAAUACGAGCAGCAGUGGCGCUGGUGGUGGCGCCGGUGGCGGCACCAGUACAACAACAAGUAGUAAUAGCUCAGGAAAUUGCUGUGCGGGUGGAAGUGGUGGUGCUGGUGGUGCUGCUGCGGCACAAACCGCGGAAGAAGUUGCGCCGCCGCCGCAGCAUCUGGUGUUUCUUCAUGCGGGAACGUAUCGGGGCGAGUUUCUCGUGAUUGAUCAUGAUGUGGCGCUGAUUGGAGCGGCAUCGGGAAAUGUUGCCGAGUCGGUGAUUCUGGAGAGGGAGAGCGAGUCGACGGUGAUGUUUAUCGAGGGUGCUAAAAGCGCGUAUGCUGGUCAUCUGACACUAAAAUUUACGCCCGAUGUCAACAGUACAGUGCCACAUCACAAACACUAUUGUCUUGAGGUUGGGGAGAAUUGCAGUCCGACUAUUGAUCACUGCAUUAUCAGGAGUUCAAGCGUUGUUGGUGCAGCCGUUUGCGUGUCCGGUCUGGGAGCGAAUCCCGUGGUGAAAAAUUGCGACAUCUCCGACUGCGAAAAUGUCGGACUCUACGUGACCGAUUAUGCACAGGGCACCUACGAAGACAACGAAAUUUCGCGGAACGCCCUCGCGGGAAUUUGGGUGAAAAAUUACGCGAAUCCGAUAAUGCGACGGAAUCACAUUCACCAUGGUCGAGACGUCGGCAUUUUCACGUUCGACAAUGGACUCGGCUAUUUUGAGGCGAACGACAUUCACAAUAAUCGAAUUGCCGGAUUUGAAGUUAAGGCUGGCGCCAAUCCGACAGUGGUGCAUUGUGAAAUUCAUCACGGCCAGACGGGAGGAAUCUACGUGCAUGAAAAUGGAUUAGGACAAUUUAUUGAUAACAAAAUCCACUCGAAUAAUUUCGCUGGAGUUUGGAUCACCUCGAAUUCGAAUCCGACGAUACGGAGAAAUGAAAUUUAUAAUGGACAUCAGGGUGGCGUAUACAUAUUUGGCGAGGGCAGAGGUUUGAUCGAGCACAACGACAUUUACGGAAAUGCGUUAGCGGGAAUUCAAAUCCGAACGAAUUCGGAUCCGAUCGUGAGACAUAAUAAAAUACACCAUGGACAGCAUGGUGGUAUUUAUGUGCACGAGAAGGGACAAGGCUUGAUUGAGGAGAAUGAAGUGUUUGCCAACACUUUGGCCGGGGUUUGGAUUACGACUGGAUCGCAGCCCGUUUUGAGGAGGAAUCGAAUUCACAGUGGGAAGCAAGUUGGUGUUUAUUUUUACGACAAUGGACACGGGAAACUUGAGGAUAACGACAUCUUCAAUCAUCUUUACUCGGGCGUCCAAAUCAGGACCGGUAGCAAUCCUGUAAUUAGAGGAAAUAAAAUUUGGGGUGGACAAAACGGUGGUGUUUUGGUUUACAACAGUGGCUUGGGUUUGCUGGAACAAAACGAGAUUUUCGAUAACGCAAUGGCCGGCGUUUGGAUCAAAACGGACAGCAAUCCAACCUUGAAGAGAAAUAAAAUCUUUGAUGGCCGAGAUGGAGGCAUUUGUAUAUUCAAUGGUGGAAAAGGUGUUUUGGAGGAGAACGACAUAUUUAGAAAUGCGCAGGCGGGAGUUUUGAUAUCGACGCAAUCGCAUCCGGUGCUGAGAAGGAAUCGCAUCUUUGAUGGACUCGCCGCGGGUGUUGAAAUUACGAAUAAUGCGACUGCCACUUUAGAAUUUAAUCAAAUUUUCAAUAACCGGUUUGGCGGCCUUUGUCUCGCGAGCGGUGUUCAGCCCACCACGAGAGGCAAUAAGAUAUUCAACAAUCAGGACGCGGUGGAGAAGGCGGUUGGAAAUGGGCAGUGUCUUUACAAAAUUUCAUCAUACACGUCAUUUCCCAUGCACGACUUUUACAGAUGUCAAACUUGCAACACGACCGAUCGUAACGCCAUCUGCGUUAAUUGUAUAAAAACCUGCCACGCCGGACACGAUGUGGAAUUUAUUAGACACGAUCGAUUCUUCUGUGACUGUGGUGCCGGAACCUUGAGCAACCAGUGCCAACUUCAGGGCGAGCCAACUCAAGAUACCGAUACUCUCUACGAUAGUGCCGCACCCAUGGAAUCUCAUACACUCAUGGUCAACUAGGAUCCCACUUAAUCUUAAUCUAAACGAAAUCAAACGACCUCCUUUUUCCGUAAGUCCAUUUCCUCUAAGCUCAUCAUCAUCAUAAUCAUCAUCAUCAUCAUCAUCAUCAUCAUCAUCAUCAUCAUUAUCAUCCGAAAAAUUGACCUGCUGCAGAGUUCUUUGUUACUUUGUCGCUACUCGUGAUUAGCGAAACCCCGAAAAAAAAACGAAACUAAAGAAAGACAAGAAGAAUCUGCUAAAAAAGCCGGCUUUAUCCCCCCUCCCCCUUGCAAAAAAAAAGAAGAAUUAUAAUUAUUCGCAAAAUACGGAAGAAGAGAAAUCGUGUCUGUGAUUUUUUACAACUUCACAAUUGGAAGUUUUUCACUGUCGAGUAGUGACACCAACUUGAUUGAUAUUUAUUCGUCUUUUAUUGCUAGGCAAUCGGCAGCUCGUGUUGGUACAAUUAACGAUUUAAAAAAAAAAAGAAAAAUGAAGAAAGAAAGAAAAGAAUUUGUACAAUUCUUGUACGAAUUGUUGUAUAAUUUACGGUACUAUUUGUAUUUGUACAGUUUCAAGUACUAAGUAAUAAGACUCGAAUUAUUUUGGCAAUUGUAAUGAUGAUCAACUCACAAGAGACUGCGUUCGGUUGAAAAAGUCUCGCCUUUUUUUUCAGCUCUCCCUGGUUUCGGAAUUUCGGAAAAAGUAUUUUAAAAAAAAAUCUAUUUCGUGGAUUAAUGACGACAGAAUCAAAAAAAGGCAGUUUUUUUUGUUGACUUUUUCAAAUUGCCGAACCUCCUCCCGGUGGGGGGUGGAGGUCGAUUUGUAAAUAAAAUUUUCUCAAGUAAAACAGCAAAUUUUGUAUUUGGUCGGCCCUCCUCCCACCCCUUCCUCCAGAAUUGCACAAUCGAUUGAAUUAUUAUUAUUUUUUUUUUUUUGAAAAUCGAGUGCGUUCUACUCAGCUAGUAAAAUUAAUUGUAAUGAUAGGACUCAUUACUCUGUACAUACUUUAUUCAUUUUUAAAUGACGAUGCUUUAUGCGAUUAUUACGUAAGUUAAUAAAGAGCUCUGCAAUUACGUCUCCCUUCCUCCCAAUCACGAAAGAGUUUUUUUUUUUUUGGGUUAAAAAAUAUGCAAAAGAAGCGAAGAAAACUGGAAACUAAUCAUCACACCGAGAAGAUAAUGAACGGGCAGGAAAAUUGAACUCAAAAUGCCACACGAGUGUAAAUUUGUGUAUAUGGUUAGAGCGAGAGAGAAAUUCGUUAAAAAAAAAUACUUUCUGCCUGUUUGUGUGUGUUCUAUUUUUUCUUGUGCGGGAGAAAAACAGUUAACAAAUUCGAGGACUUUGAAUUCAGUCUGAAGUGAAUUUUAAGAACGGAGAGAUGUGAUAAUAGCAGAUGAGAGAUGAAAAAAAAAGAAGAUUAAUCAAAAAUUGGUUAAUUCGAGAGAAACUCUCCUCUCCCGUGUCGGCGCGCGCACUGUGAUGGUCUUUAAAAAAACUGCCCAAGGGCGAAGUGCAUAAUAAUGAUUGAGAAAAAAAACAGAGUUAUUUAAAAAAAAAAGUUUAGUUUAAAGCGAGAGAGAAAAAAAAAAGAAAAGAAAGGGAAGAACAAUAGUUGAAGACUCGCGGGAGGAAACUUGAUGUGUUAACCAGUGAGGAUGCGAAGAAAAUCGCUGAGUUUUAACCUAUAGAGACUGUCGAUGGAACAGUUAUUUAUAAAGGAAUCUCGAGUUUUUCAAGUAAUCCGAAUUUUUUUUUUUAAUAUUACGUUCUAGUGCUCUAACAUCUAAUCGUAUUAUACAUAUAUACAUAAUAGUAAAACUGUAUAUCCUCGGAGAGAGAAAUAAAAAAAAAAAAGCUCUCUUUCUCUUCUUGUAUGAAAGAAGCGCCUAUUAGCGUAAUUUAAGACACAGUUGAACUCUUGUUGGCUGACCAGCGAGGGAGUAAGAAAUCAAAUUUGUAUUGGUUGAUUGAUAGGUUGAAAAGUGGCAAGGAGGAAUUUGGGAAAAUGAUUUUUGAAAUUGAGAUAUUGAGAUUUUGGGUAAGAUUGAAAUUAUCAGUAUUUUUUGGUAAUAUUCUGAUGAGCUGAAAGCUCGAGGAUUUUUGAAGAGAAAAAA